AUCAAAUCCGCAAAAAAAUGUUUUACUGUCAGAAGAUAGGCUACUUGCACGGCGAGCUGACACUUCCUCCAGCUUUGGCAACAUCCGGAUUCCAGUCGAGAUGGUCAUGGCGGAGGGUGCAGCUGUUAUGAGGAGGAAUCGACCAGGGACUAAAGAAAAGGACUUCUACAACUGGCCCGAUGAGUCGUUCGAGGAGAUGGACAGCACACUGGCUGUGCAGCAGUACAUCCAACAGAACAUCCGUACAGACUGCUCCAACAUGGACAAGAUCCUGGAGCCCCCAGAGGGUCAGGAUGAGGGGGUCUGGAAGUACGAACACCUCAGGCAGUUCUGUUUGGAGCUGAACGGACUUGCUGUGAAACUACAGGGAGAAUGCCACCCAGACACAUGCACCCAGAUGACGGCAACAGAGCAGUGGAUCUUCCUCUGUGCUGCACACAAGACUCCCAAAGAGUGUCCAGCCAUCGACUACACCAGACACACUCUGGACGGAGCCGCCUGCCUCCUCAACAGUAACAAGUACUUCCCUAGCAGAGUGAGCAUUAAAGAGUCCUCAGUAGGGAAACUGGGUUCAGUUUGCCGGCGGAUCUACAGGAUAUUCUCCCACGCUUACUUCCACCAUCGUCAGAUCUUUGACAAGUAUGAGAACGAGACGUUCCUGUGCCAUCGGUUCACGCGCUUCGUGAUGAAGUACAACCUGAUGUCCAAGGACAACCUGAUCGUACCCAUCAUGGAGGAUGAGACUAACCCUAACGAAGCAGAGGGCGAGAGCGACGCCUGAGGACUGGGAUCUGAAGAGGAUCUGCUACACCCUGCCAAACUGGCUGUCUCACACACCCACCCACAACCACACAAUACACUAAAGUACACUAAAAUCACCAGUUUUUAAGUAGAAUAUUUUCAAUAUUGUAUGAACAUCCUAAUUUAGCUUGUAUGUUUCAGAGAACAAGACAAUUUUGUGGUUAAAUGACUAACCAAUAUACACUGUGGCCAGUUAAUUAGGUACACCCAUCUAGUACCGGGUCAAACCCCGCUUUGCCACCAAAACAGCCUGAAAUUUUCAGGGCAUGGAUUCUACAAGGUGUCGGAAACGUUCCACAUGGAUGUGGGUCCAUGCAGACGGGAUGGCAUCACGCCGUAGCUGCAGAUUGGACGGCAGGAACAUUGAUGCUGCAAACAGCCCGGUCUACCUCAUCCCAAAGAUGCUCUCUCUAGUGGGUUUGGUCAGCAACAAUGUUCAGAUACGCUGUGACGUUCGAUCGUUGCUAAAUUGGUAUCAAGGGACCUAACGUGUGCCAGGAAAACGUUCCCCACACCAGUACACCACCGCCACCAGCCUGUACCGUUGACACCAGGUAGGAUGGGUAAACGUACUCAUGCUGCUUACGCCAAAACCUGACUGUCAUCAGCAUGAACCUGGAAACGGGAUUCAUCAGACCAGGCAAGGUUUUUCCACUCCUCAAUUGUCCAGUGUUGGUAGUUGCGUUCCCACUAGUGCUUCUUCUUAGUUUUAGCUGAUAGGACUGGAACCCCGUGUGGUCGUCUGCUACAAUAGCCCAUCCGUGACAAGGAUCAACGAGUUGUGCGUUUCGAAAUGCUGUUCUGCACACCACUGUUGUACUGUGCCGUUAGUGGCCAGCCUGUUAGCUUGCACGAUUCUUGCCAUUCUCCUUGGACCUCUCAUCAACGAGCUGUUUUCACCCACAGAACUGCCGCUGACUGGAUGGUUUUUGUUUGUCGCACCAUUCACAGUAAACUCUAGACACUCGUGCGUGAAAAUCCCAGGAGGCCGGCUCUUUCAGAGAUAUUGGAUCCGGUGCGCCUAGCAGACGAUCACCACGCUCAAAGUCACUUAGGCCGCUAGUUUGACACAUUCUAGCAUUCAAUCAAACAGUUACUGAAUGGCUCGAUGCCUGUCUGCCUGCUUUAUAGAGCAAGCCACAGCCACGUGACUCACUGUAGGAGCGAAUCAUUUUGGUGAACAGGGUGGUGUACCUGAUAAACUGUGACACCCUUUGCUAGUUACUUUAUCAUGUGUUUCUGUUUGGUCCUCAGGCAGCAUUUACACAGGCAACCAAAUUCUUAUGGGCAAAAUAAUUGCUCUGGUUGGUCAAAAGACUAAUUGGUGGCAAAAGAUCAUAAUUGGGCUGUCUGUGUAAAUGCAGCCUUUGUUGUGUUCUAGGUGUCAGGAACUCUGGUCUAAUGUAGAGCUACAAGUUAAUAUAACAGGUAUUUAAUAAACAGGCUACAUUAUACAGGUUGAUAUAACAGGUAUUUAAUAGUCCUGAUAUUUCUGACUACUGUAUAUAAAACCAUGUCAGUCUUCCAUCCUAGAUUAAGGAAGUGGAAGGACAUGAUUAAUUGCAGACUAUAACAAAAAUGGUUUUUAGGGUUUUAUUCCACUAAUGGCUGAGUUUAGGAUUAGUGGAGGGGAAGAUGAUCCUAGAUCGGCUGAGGUUAAGAUUAGGGGAAGAUGAUCCUAGAUCGGCUGAGGUUAAGAUUAGGGGAGGGGAAGCUGAUCCUAGAUCGGCUGAGGUUAAGAUUAGGGGAGGGCAGGCUGAUCCUAGAUCGGCUGAGGUUAAGAUUAGGGGAGGGCAGGCUGAUCCUAGAUCGGCUGAGGUUAAGAUUAGGGGAGGGGAAGCUGAUCCUAGAUCGGCUGAGGUUAAGAUUAGGGGAGGGGAAGAUGAUCCUAGAUCGGCUGAGGUUAAGAUUAGGGGCUGGGAAGCUGAUCUAUACCUAGGGGAAGCUUCAACCCAGAGCCAAAAAAAGGCAACAUUGCCGCAGGAUAUCCUGUUUACUGGGCCAGAGUUCCUACAUCUUUGACAUGGCACAAGGACUGCUUUCCUAAUAACUGGUUUCUAUAGAAGGGGAUGGGGGUGUUUUACGUUCAUGUCAUUUAGGGCAACAAUCUCUCACUGUAUUUAUUUAAAAUAAAGGAAUUUGAUGUUUUCAUUAUUGGUUAAAAUUAAUGACAGCUACUCAGAAAUGCCUUAGGUUUUCAAAGCACAAUUAUGUCUCAUUCACUUUCUAUAUUCUUGUCAAAUGAUGAACUAUUACUCAGGCAACACAACGAUGUGUUUGACGGUGUUGCCAUUUUGUCCCUGGUGGAUAUCCAGUCACUGUUUCUUAUUAAAAUAUCUGAUAUUUACAA